AUUUUGGAACGCACCCUUGCAAGACCGUGUUUAGUACAAUAGUGGCAGUUAUUAAUUAGUAUUGUUUUUACCGAAUUAUCCUUGUCAUUGUUCUUCUACAUCAGUUUCAUAUGCGUUUCCUUACAUCUAAAUUACGCGCACUGCAUUUGUGCGUAUAAAAUCGUUAUUUAUGGCUGGGUGUUUGUGAGUUGUCAAAAGCGCCAUUCACGGCCUGAGUCAGGCGGCAUCCUGAUCGAUCAUAUUUGCCAUUACAUUCACAUUUUUAAAGUUUGCCACAAGGAAACUGGUCGACUAAUUACAAUUUUAUACAGAAUCCCCAGGAAAUUAUGUAGCUAUAAUGGUUGCGAGCACAACGACCGAUAUGACUGGAUCUAUAUACCAUGAGCGACAAGUGAAAGAACUUUGUGCUUUACAUGCGUUGAACAACUUGUUUCAAGAACGAGGAUUCAACAAGCAGGAAUUAGAUCAAAUUUGUUACAGUCUAAGUCCUGAUGUGUGGAUCAAUCCUCAUAAAUCGUUGUUAGGACUUGGCAACUAUGACAUAAAUGUUAUUAUGGCUGCUCUGCAGAAAAGAGGACGUGAGGCUGUAUGGUUUGAUAAACGUAGGGAUCCCAAGUGUCUUCGAUUGGAUAACAUUGAAGGUUUUAUACUUAAUGUCCCAACUGAAUAUAAAAUAGGGUUUGUGUUACUGCCUUUGAAACGGCGUCACUGGAUUGCUUUGAAGAAGAUUGACGGUGCCUUUUAUAAUCUUGAUUCAAAACUGGACUCACCACAAUUAAUAGGAAAGGACAACGAUUUACUCAUGUAUCUAAAGGAUCAAAUAGAUAGCAAAGAGAAGGAAUUAUUCCUUGUUGUUUCUAAAGAAAUCGAUAGCAAUCAGGGAUGGUUAAUAGAUACUUGUGAAAAUAAGGAGGACGAUAACGUGGACCAUGAUUCUAUUAGAUAUAUUGAGGAUGGGUAUUUGGAUAUAGAUCUGAAAAAAUCUGAAUCCAAAGAGCUGAAUCAGAAUGAAGAAUGUCUAGAUAACAAAAAUUCUAGGUAAUUUUAAAACUAACAGUGUCUGUCUAAUGGUUUAUUUAUAUAAUUAUUUUGUAAAUUAAAGUGAAAGUGAUUAUCAUAUGGAAAGAUCUGGAAUUACGAGGACAAAAAGAAUGUAAAAAAAGAGGAGCGGGUAAUGGGAAUUACGUAUAAGUGUCUGAAUGAAACAUUUCACAGACAGGAACAUUCUACAAUAUCUUCUGUUGCAUUUGCAUAUUGCGUACACAUGGAAGCGAUAUUUUUUAACUCUUAUUAUUCAUGAAACGUUUUCUAAGAAGGACACACCUAUAUAUGUAUAUUCCUCACAUGCCUCGUAUUAUGUAGUAUAUGUAUGUGCGUAUGGGUGUAUGUCACACACAUUACGUAUCGCGUACAACAGUUUACAACACAUUGUGCAACAAUGCAAAUUAGGAUGCAUCAAAAUAAAAUAACGCAUGUACGGGAACAUAGUAUUGUAUUUAAUCGAAAUAAGAAUAUCGUUUUUUGUUAGGAAUUUAAUACAUUGUAAGAGGAAAACUCAUAGUUGAGAAAUGACAUCUAUUCACAUGAAAUGUGGAGGAAUAUUUAUGUCUAUAUGUACCGUGAUAUUGUUUAUUGUGAUAGUCAUCUAUUAUUCUAAAAAAUUGUGUAAAUAUACACUUGUAAUAUGAGAGAUAGUUAUAAUAUGCGUCAGAUAUAUACUUUGCAAUCGACUUUUUUUACGUAGUGGACAUAUGUGCAACUUGUGUUUCGUAAACAUAAUUUAUUCUGUAUGUAAGACAAUAUUUAAAUAACUAUUAUAAUUUAAUAUUAUACACUGUAAAUUUAUUGUGAAGCCGAAAACUUUAGCUACAUGAUGAAUUAUACAUUAGCAUUUAUGCAAUCAAUCGUAACUUUAAAUAAGCAUCAAAUGAGUGAUUAGAACAAUAAUUUAUUUAUUUUUGUUACUACACUACACGAUCGUAAAACUAGAAAUAAUGAAUCCAUUACGUUUCCAUUAAGAUAUUACAUAUAUGUAUAUAAAUAUAAUAACAUGAUA